GUGCCACCCACAAGAAGGAGUCCAUUUCUCUUUACAUAUUUGUUUGUUUUCGCACACUGCUUUCGGAACGACUCUGCUCCCCCCCCCCCCUCCCCCCCUUUUCCAUCAUGCCGACGCGAGAGAUCGGCUUCGGCCUCUACGAUGUAUGCAGGCCGACGACGUCGCCGACGCGGAAAGGCGCCCCAAAAGGCAGGCCCCAGCCCCGAAGCUUCAACCAACACACGGCGUCUCUCGCGCCCGCUACUCACGCGCCCCCUUCUCCACCUCCACCCGCGGCACCGUCAGGGCCGCGGCGGAACGCUCAUCACCGCAGCGCGGAGUGCGCCGUCGCACAGCGAGUCGCCGCUCCGGUGAGCGCAGGACCCGUUCGAGGAGCCGCAACAGCGGUUUUACGGGCCACCACUGCUCCAACUGCAAAGGCUCAGGAUGAGCCUUCGCGUUCGACCGGGCACACACACCUCAUUGCGUCCGCUUCGCAGCCGUCGCCCGUCGCACACGCCUCGGCGUCUGCGGCCGCCUUCUCCACCGUUUCGUCGUACUUGGAGGAUCGAAUUCGCUGUGUCGUGCAUGCCGCCGGCUCGCACGCACUCCUCUCGUCGUUUCUCGCAAUCCUGCAGGCUGUCGUGCGACUGCUGCAGCAAGACAGAGCACAGCGGAAGGGCCAGCAGCCGCGUCGCCGACUCUCCGGCGUCAAAGGCAACGACAUGGAGAGUAAAGUGGCUUCGUGUCUCACGCAGGCGGCGCAGGCCACAUCGCUGGCCUCCGCAGCCGCCCUCCUCGAACAGUUCCUCGUAGCCCACACCGCUGCUUCGUCUUCGCCGCCGUCGGCGCCGGCCUCCGCUGCAGACACCACCCAGGCGGCGUGCUCACCGGUUGUGCUGUUGGGGGUCACACUCGCGGAGCUGUACUUCGACGGCUGCGCUCCGUCCUGCGCCGUCAGCCCGUCGAGCCUCUUCACAUACUUAGACGCCGCCGUCGCCGCGGGGCACCCGGGCGCGAUGGUCUGCGUUGGCGCCUGCCUGCGUGACGGCAGGGGCGGUGUGGAGCAGAACGUCAAGGCCGGUCUCGCCUGGCUGCUCUGUGCUGCCUCGACCGGGUACCUGCCCGCCAUGCAUGAGUUGGGUGAGACCUACGAAGUGGGCGUGCCGCAACAGCCGUCAUCACCGCCGUUGUCGCCAGAGGCGGAGGAGGGGGUUGACGUGGACUGGGGAGAGGCGAUGCGGUGGUACCAGCAGGCGGCAGAGGCCGGCUACGCACCGUCCCAGCUGAACCUGGGCAAACUGCUUCUCCUGGCAGCGGAGCAAGGUUUGCUGGACAAGUCUGCCGACCCGGCAGCGCUGGAGCAGCUGAACGCGGCGGCCAAGCGGUGGCUCGAGGCGUGCGCCGCCGCUGGCGUGGAGGAGGGCGUGCGGCUGCUGAAGCGGAUGAAGUAA